AUGCCAUCUGAUGAGCUUCAUAAUGCUGCAACCACCUAUCUGGAUCUGCUCUGCAAGGGAUCUACCUCGUCAUUUGGCGAAAUCACUGGCGCACUCUUCUACCGCCACCUCGACAAGACAAACAAGUCGCAAAGAACAGGAUCGUUGUCAGCACACCAGCAAACCGGAAUUCACACCGAUAACGUAGCUGUGGCGUCACGUUCUUGUCAGAUGUGUAAAGUACAUGUCAAGGCAGCCACGCCCGUCGCGAACAGUUCAUGCACAAACACCAUCCGACGUCGCAAACAUAGCCCUACAGCCUUCUCACAUCAACCUACACAGCACUUCUUUUGGCCCUGCAAUAUUCAUCAGCACUACCCUUCAAAGUCGAUCCCUCCAAAGAACAACUACCAACCCAACAUGUCGUCCAUCAUCAAGGCCGUCACUGACAUUUUUGCCUCCGUCAUCGAGCUCUUCUGGUCCUUCUUCACCACUGCUGGUACCCUCGUCCAGAAGACAGCUCAGUUCGCCCUCACGUUCGUCACGGAGAUUCUCGACCUUGUCGUCAACUUCUUCCGCGGUCUGGUCGAUCUAGCUGGUGGCCUUGUCAGCUUUAUCCUCGGCAAUGUUCUCAUGCUCGCUGUUGCCGCCGCCGCCGUCUUUGGCUUCCUGCAGUACCAGCGUAGCCAGGGCAGGACCGUCCAGGUCGGCAACAAAAAGCUAAACUAA